AUGGAACUCCACAAACCCUCUCAUGCCUCAUCGCGAUCGGGUUCUGCCACAUUCCCACUAUCCCAUUCCUCAUCCCAUCGAGAAUCCCCCGACACCUCCAGCCGAUCCCAAGCCUCCGACGACCGCCAGACCUCCCCGCGCUCGCAAAGAGGUCUUGCGCAGCCCGUUCCCACUCUCACACCCAGCCAGGAAGGCCGCCGACACAAGCACAGCAAGUCGCGGGAACUGCGAUUCCCGCGGCAGGUGAGCCAUCUCGCCUCGGCCAGCGCGCGCGGAUUGUUACCGACCUGGUCGUCGAAGGAUAAGGAUCAGGUAUUACUGAGGCCCGAGGGACGAUGGGGAUCUGAGUCAACAGUCAGUCGCAGAGGCAGUCUCGUUGAGGAGCGCUUAGGACCCGUCAGGGGGAUUCAGUCAUUAGGGGAUUUGGAGAAGGUCAAGAAUAGAAGGAAGAUCGGAGAGGAAUAUCUCCGGUCUGCUUUGACGUCAAUUGGGACCUUGGCCACGGACGCUACGCGUCGACUUGAUUACACUUAUUACAACCUGCUAGAGAAGAUCACGGCGCUGAACUCGACAAUUUCCUCGUUUCAGGAACUUUCCGAUUCGGCCUCAACAUUGUUAAAUGACUUUGAGCGCGAAACGACCGGGUUGGAUCAAGAUAUUCGCAAACAAAUCAACGAUCUGCAAGGGUUCCAACCGCAAGUUGAAAAGGCCGAUGCGCUGGAGCAGCGCAUGAAAGCCGGCCAACAAAGUGUGGAAGAACUCGGCAAGCGCCUCGAAACUGUACGACAUGAGAUCGACAGCUGGGAGCGACGGGAAACGGAGUGGCAAACGAAAACUACGCGGCGACUCCGAAUAUGGGGCAUUGUGUUGGGGGCCGUGGUGGUGCUUGUGCUCGCUUUGGCCUUCCAGCAAAAUCAUAUGAAUCGGAACGCGUUCCGUGAUCCCCAGCGGGCGCACUUGAUGGACUCCGUAUCACCCGUGGGAUCAGGGACUGGCGCAGGGCCUACGUUCCCGCCCAUCCUAGCGGAUCGUCGUCAAAGUUUGGCGAGGGCUGGUCCCACUCCAACCCCUACGAUGUAUGACCCUCUUCGUGUACUGGAUGAACUGUGA